AUAAAUACAUUUGUCACUUAUUUUUUGUGUCAGAAAAACCCUGUCAUUUGUGUUCGUGUCGUGCAAAAUGGCUUUCUUCAGGAGUAUUCUUGCAAAACGGAGCCCAAUAACAAACGCAUUUACUAACACAAUAUGGCAUCGCCAAAUGUCUGGGGGGAAUCCUGUCGAAUGCAAAGUUGCUGUGAUAACCGGCGGUGCUAUUGGCAUUGGGGUUGCUUGUGCUAAGUCACUUUUGGAAAACGGUGCUAGGGGCGUAAUGUUGGGUGAUAUUCGAGAAAAAGAAGGCAAAGAACUCGCGGCUGAAUUAAAUAAGACCUACGGUAAAGAUAAAGCCCUUUUCAUGAAAUGUGACGUCACCAAAAAGGAUGAAUUUGAAAAUUUGUUCAAAUGCACCUAUCAGAGGUUUCCAAGUAUGGAUAUCGUAAUUAAUAACGCUGGUCUGUUGCAAGACAAAUAUUGGCCCCUUGAAUUAGCCGUGAACGUGAACGGCUUGGUACAAGGGACACUAUUUGGUUUCCACUACAUGGGAAAACAUGGGAAACACGAAAAGGGCAGAGGUGGAGUUAUUGUGAACAUGGCGUCCAUCUAUGGGCUCCAACAAGCGUACGCAUGUCCUGUUUACAACGGCACUAAAGGAUUUGUUAUUCGGUUUAGCAACGCUAUGUCCCAUGAAUAUUACGAGAAAAUGACAGGCGUUAAAGUCCUGACAAUGUGUCCUGGGGUGACUGACACGAACAUGAUUGACGAAUCAAGCACCUAUGCCCUGGAUGGCUUUGGAGACCUGGGCAAGCUUGUGAGCGAAGGACUGGCCAAUCUGCCACCGCAACCAGCUUCAGCUUGUGGGGACUGUUUGAUCAAAAUGCUGUGCUCCGGCGAAAAUGGGGGUAUUUGGGUGAUUGAAGAAAGCGAGUGCUACAAAGUCCGGCUUCCCGACCGCCAGACUCUGCGUGUUUGUGACUAAAUUCUAUAAAUCCCUUUUUGUAAAUUAUCUGUGUUAAAAAUGAAAUAAAAUUUUCUGGCAGCU